AAUGUAGAGAUACAGGGUGCCUAGCACUUAUCAGUCAAAAGCACAGAAAGCAGCCACAAAUUCUGGCAUAUAUUUUUGGAUUCAAAUUUUGAUGGGUACAAUGCAUUGCUGAAAAGCCAUAAAAUACAAGAGUAUAAACGAGCAAAGAAGCCGACCCAAUGGAGAUGCAACUGGGCGCCAUGCUGCAUGUGUACAAGGGCGAGUGGGGACUGCCGUCCAUUGACUUUGAAUGUUUACGUGCCUUGUGCCUGCUAAGAUUCACCAGAUGUCCCAUGGAGGUUCAGACAAGCUCCAAUCCGUUGCGUUCGGGAACCGGCAAGUUGCCCUACCUGCAGAUUGGCAACGACAAGUUUGCGGGCUACAGGCAGAUCAAACGUGUGCUGGAUCGCGAGGGCUACCCGAUUGAUGCGCACUUGAGCACCAAACAAAAGCAUUUGUCCACCACCUACGCUAACUGGGUAUUCACCAAUCUACAUGCGUACUAUCACUACUUCCUGUACGGAGAGCCCCACAACUUCGACACCACUACACGCAGCCUCUAUGCCAAGCGGACGCCGUUCCCCUUCAACUUCUAUUACCCAUCGUCCUACCAGAAGGAGGCCUGCGACGUGGUCCAGGUGAUGGCCGGCUUCGAUGUCAACGACAAGAUGGACAAGCACGAAGGGGACUACCUCGUUGCAAAUGCCAAAAAGUGCGUGAAUCUGCUCUCCCGCAAGCUUGGACGAAAGGUCUGGUUCUUCGGGGACACUUAUAGCGAGUUCGAUGCCAUUGUGUACAGCUACCUGGCUAUUAUCUUCAAGAUCACACUGCCCAACAAUCCACUGCAGAACCACAUCAAGGGCUGCCAGAAUCUAGUGAACUUUAUCAACCGCAUUACCAGGGACAUAUUCAGAGACGAGGGCUAUAGCUCCGUCAAGCUGACGAAGACUCCGAGCGGCACGGAAGCGAAUUUGACUCCCUCGGAGCGCAAGUUCCUGGAAUCUGAAUUCAAUACCAAAGUCGUGGCUGGCGUCGGUGCGAUCGCAGCCAUGGCGGCGUUUGCAGCAUGGCGGGGAAUAUACAACCAGUUUAUUCGUUAGUUUUGGGUGAAUGUCUUCAUUUGGCUCCAGACACUCUUGUAGCAUUGCAACCCGUAUAAGCCAAAAUUACCAGUUCACUACAUUGCAAAAUUCCGAUUGCUUCAUCCCUUGCAGCUAACAACGCGCUCCUCGACGGACUACGAUGGCAUUGAUUACGAGGAUGAUGAGCUGGAAGAGGGUUUGGACUAAUCGUACCUCUUUACAACGAUGUCUAUGUGUAUCUAUAGAGUUUACAUUUUAAAAUAUAAAAGGGGAGAGAAGCACAAAUCUGUCCAAAGUUAGAACGUUAAAUAUACAUAAGAUUGGGUCUAUUUUUGUGCAGAGAUUGGCAGGAGUGGACAGUACAUGUUUCCAAUAUCUUUUGAAAGUCCCCCAUAUUAUUGGUCCGACAUGAAAUGUUGACAAAGAACCCGUUCAUCUCUGUUACUUCCAUUCCAAAGAUUUUCCCAUUGGAUGCAUUUAUCAUCCAUAAAAGUCGACCCGUUCUAAUAUACAUAUGUGUGUAUAUGUAUUUUAGUUCCAAUACAGUUUUAACAUUGUGCAGAAUAGCAUUUGGAAGCGUAAUAAAGAGGGCCAACGCUCUUGGCGUAAAAAGGA